CCACAGGCCCCGCCCCCCGCCAAUGGCCUGCUGCGCCGGCGCCGGGUGCUUCAGGCCCAGCCCUCUCUCUCUGCCACACAGCGCUGAGCGCAUGCGCUUAGAGAAGCGGGCUGGGAGACAUGGAGAACUGUUUGGCGGCCGCGGCGCUGAACGGGGUGGACCGACGUGCCCUGCAGCGCACGGCUAGGCUGGGUCAAGAAGUGCUGGAGCGGGCCAAGAGGAGGGCGGUGGACUGGCAUUCGCGGGAGCUUCCCAAAAGCGGCGUGGGGGUCACUUCCCGGGAGCGGCCCUACAGAGGAAGACGGCCCGCAGCUGGCCCCCAGCGCCUUCUCCCGGGAGAGAGAGAAGAAAGACAACCAACCCUAAGUGCUUCCUUCAGAACAAUGGCAGAAUUCAUGGACUAUACUUCAAGUCAGUGCGGGAGAUACUAUUCAUCUGUGCUGGAGGAAGGAGGGGCGGUCCAUGUCUCUCGGUAUCACAGAGGGAAGUCGGAGCUGCACUGGUGCUGGGACGAUGGGCACGGCCAGGCUGAGAACACCUCUAAGGACCUCUACAUAGAAGUAUAUCCAGGGACCUAUUCUGUCACUGUGGGUACAAAUGACUUAACCAAGACUCAGGUGGUAGCAGUUGACUCGGGACAAAGUGUGGACUUGGUCUUCCCCGUAUGAUGUGGACCAUCAUGGCUAUCCCAUCACCUUUUUUUUUAAGUAGCAAGAAGAAUAAAGUCACUGUAUGAUUCUUUUCAUAUUUACCCAGUGAUCCUGCUUUCAGGGCUGACUGUGGAGGGUCAGCCUUCCUGGGAAUUGGAGUUUGUCUCCAUCAGUGCCUAUUUUAACUUAAACGUCUAGAAGCCCCCCCCCCCCUUUCUGCUGAAAGUCAUACUGUAAUGAUGCUGUCUCAAUAGUUUUUAACUGCUUACUGGAAUUCCAGGUGAAGUCUACUUAUGAUAAUAAAGGGAGCGAUUUUGGAAA